UGUGUUAUUUAAAGAAGGAAAAAAAUGCGCUAAACACAUUAAUUCCUUCGUGGCUGCUCUUUGGCGCUGUCGCCGUUCUUAGCCCUAGUCUCUCUGUCUCUCGUCGCCUCUCUGCAAGUUAGCUGGGACAAGCCACCAAGGAAAACAUUUUACUGUGAAGAACAAUGAGGAAGCUUAAGUUUCAUGAAAAGAAGCUUUUGAAGAAGGUUAAUUUUUUGGAAUGGAAGAGGGAAGGGGGUCACAGAGAGAACCUCAUUAUGCAACGCUACCAUGUUACUGGACGGGACGAUUACAAAAAAUAUUCAGGUUUAUGCCAUAUGGUUCAGAAGUUAGUAAACAUAUUGAAACAGAUGGACCCAAAGGAUCCCUUUCGGGUUGAUAUGACUGAUAAGCUUUUGGAGAAACUCUACAACAUGGGUGUGAUUCCAACCAGGCAAAGCAUCACACUCUGCGAACGCUUAACUGUGUCAUCCUUCUGUAGGCGUAGGCUCUCAACUGUUUUGGUGCGACUAAAAUUUGCUGAGCACUUGAAAGAAGCUGUCACGUACAUUGAACAAGGGCAUAUACGAGUUGGUCCAGAGACAGUUACAGACCCAGCUUUCCUUGUAACUAGAAACAUGGAAGACUUCGUUACAUGGGUGGAUUCAUCCAAAAUAAAGAGAAAGGUGCUUCAGUACAAUGACAAAUUGGAUGACUAUGAUUUAAUGAAUUAAGUGGAAAGCUAAAUGUCAGCUUAUUGUGGUUUACUAUAUAUGAAUCAUGGACGAGUUUGUUUCCUUAGGCGUGUAGUUUAGACAGGCUUGGGUUAUUUUUAAUUUUAAAUUCAUACCAGAUGAAGGUGAUAUGAUGUAAUGAACCUGGAAAUUACUGAAUCAUGAUAGUGAUGUUAAAUGUUUAAAAUGUAUUCUUCAUUUCUCCAAUCAAUUGUUUAGGGAUCACAGCUGCCCCAGCUUGGAUUUUAAGUGAAUGAUGAUCCAUUGUGGUUGAUUGGCGAUGGGACAGUAACAAGGUUUUUAAAGGGUAGCCUGUCUUUGCAUGGA